AUGGGUUCGCUCGCCCAGGCUCAAGCCGAUGGCGUCGUCAUCGGCCUCAAAGGCCUCUCGGGCAUCCAUCCUCGUCGUGAAAUCGAUGAUCUCGUCGUGAACGAGCCCGACAUGUUCAAUCUGUUCAUCCUUGCUCUUGAAAGCCUCCAGAAGGACGAAGGAGCCCAUCAGAACAAGAUGGGUUACUUCCAAAUUGCCGGCAUCCACGGUCUCCCCAAGCGCGACUGGGAUGGCGUUCAAGGCGAAAAGCCCGGCCAAGGCGGCUACUGCACGCACAACUCCAUCCUCUUCCCAACCUGGCACCGGCCAUACUUGGCCAUCCAAACCCCAUCUAACAACCCAAAAAACAAACAGCAAACCAUCUACGCGACCAUGGAACACAUCGCCUCGCAAUUCACCGACCCCAAAUACCGCGACGCGGCCCGCCGCUUCCGGCUCCCCUACUGGGACUACCUGCACGCGCGCGCCGCGCGCACGACGACCUUCCCGGGCGUCUUCGCCGGGCGCAAGACGUCCUUCGGCUAUGACUUCGGGCUGCCGCUGGCGCUGCGGGAAGCCAAGCUGAUGGUGCACCGGCCCGCGGGCGUCGACGCCGCGAGCGAGGCGCGGCUGGUGGCCAUCGACAACCCGCUGCGCAGCUUCGCGUUCCCGCAGACCAACGGCGUCGCGGCCGACGAGUGGCAGGUGCUCGAGCAGCAGGUGCAGGCCGAGGGGGGCGGGUUUUACCUGUCGCAGCGGCGCACGGCGAGGCAUCCGCGCAGCGGGCCGACGGGUGGGGACGACGACUUUGCGGACCUGGAUGCGGCGCUGAAUAAGGAUCGCGAGCCCGAGGUGCAGACGCUGCUGGAUCUGAUCGAGUUGGCGCCGUAUGCGGACUUUGGGAACUUUGCGACGGCGGUGCCGAGCGGCAAGGGAGGGGCUGGCGCGCCGAAUGGGUCGUUGGAGAGCUUUCAUGGGGCGUAUCACGUCUUGAUUGGCGGCGCUGGGCACAUGUCGAGAGUACCGAUUGCGGCGUUUGACCCGAUAUUCUGGUUCCAUCACUGCAACAUCGACCGCAUCCUCGCCGUCUGGCAGUCCCUCCACGACGACUUCACGCCCUCCUCCGGCACGCCCAACGCGUCGUCCAACCUCUACCCCUUCCGCAAAGACAGUUCCGGCUCCUCCUUCUGGACCUCGACCGACUCCCGCGACGUCACCACCUUCGGCUACACGUACGCCGACAUCGCGGGCGCCACCGACCGCCAGGCCGUGCUCGCCCGCUUCGACGCCUGCUACCGGUGGUCGCUGCAGCGGCAGUCGCGCCAGGGAGGGGCGCAAAACCCCGCGCCGCCCGCCGAGAUGCAGCCCGUCGACGUGCGCGGCGCCCAGUGCUUCCGGUACACGGCCGCGGCGACGGUGGGCGCCGCGGUGCAGGCCCCCAUGCAGGCGCUGAGUCUCGUGCAGCAGAAGGUGUUGGAGGUCAAGGACCAGGCGGUCAAUGCGAUUAGCGGCGCGGCGAGGCCGGCGGCGGCGGCGACGGCGAGUGCAGGGCAAGAGGCCGGGACGGAGGGCGGCGCGGUGCAGGUGCAGCCGUCGUUCCGGCGGGGGGACGAGAUACUGGCGGAGGAGCCGGCGGGGAGCAGGCUGGUGUUGCAGUGGUAUAUCGAUUCCGAGGUGAACAAAGACGCCCUCGACGGCGCCUUCACGCUCUACUUCUUCAUCGGCCCCACGGCCGCGGCCGACACGUCCGAGGCGGGCGACGGGCCGGCGACGUGGCAGGCGGAGCCCACGCUGGCGGGCAUGACGCACGUCUUCGCCGCGCCGCGCGCCGCGUGCGACAACUGCGCGCUGCAGAGCGACGAGGGCCUGCGCGUGACGGGCACCACGGCCGUCACGCCCAUCCUGCUCGACUACGUCGAGGACGGCCGGGCGGGGCUGGGGAGCCUCGCGCCCGACGACGUGGUGCCGUUUUUGCGGCGCGCGCUGGUGUGGAGGGUUGCGGAUGUCAACCAACGCGUGACGAACCCGGCGGAGCUGGCUGGCGGCUUGACCAUCAGCGUCAGCGCCACCAUCUCCGUGCUGCGUCCCGACCAGCCCAUCCCGGAGUUCCGCGAGCCGCUCUUCUUCCCCGAGGUCAUGGAUGGUCGUCCCGCGACGGGCGAUCCGGUUGCUGCUUGA